AUGCGUACUGAGGCGUUUGUCGUGCUGUCGCCUGGCGGCCCGUUCGUGCAGCAGCCCGUCGAAAUCGACGUCGACGGUCUGCAGCCUCACGAGGCUCUGGUCGAGAUCAAAGCAACCAGCAUUUGUCACACAGACAUCCAUUACAUCAACGACACCAGUCUUGCCGGGCGGUUCCCUGGUGUCUUUGGCCAUGAAGGUGCCGGUGUGGUGAAAAAAACUGGGAGUGCGGUCACCCAGGCGUCGCCCGGAGAUCACGUCUGCAUCAGUUUCGAUUCUUGUGGCCACUGCAGACAAUGCGUCGGGGGUCAGACGGCCUACUGUGACUCCUGGGAGAAGUUGAAUUUUGGUGCGUCCAGACCAGAUGGCUCAAAAGCCUAUUCUUUUCCCGACACCGCCAGCAACGGGGACUCGCGGAGGCCCAUCUCAAGUCACUUUUUUGGCCAGAGCAGCAUGAGCCGCCACGUGAUAUGCAGCGAGCGGUGUCUGGUGGUGGUCAGGAAGGAUGUGCCACUGGAAAUACUGUCACCACUUGGAUGUGGUAUCAUGACUGGUGCAGGUGCCAUGCUGAACCACGCACUCGUCACUUCGUCGAGCCUUGUCCCCACAACCGUUGCAGUUAUUGGUACUGGUGGUGUGGGUUUGUCAGCUAUCAUGGCUGCCAAACUGGCAGACAAUCCUCCCCAGCGGAUCGUUGCUGUCGAUAUGGUGUGGUCCCGGCUGAACCUUGCGCGAAAACUGGGAGCCACAGAUAUAAUCAACUCGACAGAGACCCCUGAUCUCGCCGAGGCUUUUCUUCGAAUCAGCAGGGGUCGAGGCUUGGACGCAGUGAUCGACACGACUGGCCGUCCAGAUAUCAUCAGCGCUGCUCUCCAGGCAAUAGAGAAACGGGGCAAGGUCAUCAGCGUCGGUCUGGGUAAGCCAGACGGAGAACUCAAGACAUCGAUACCCCGAACCCUCCCUACAGGUCGAGUGUAUGAAGGGUGCUCGAUGGGGAGUUGUGAGCCCAAAGUAUUCAUUCCCAAGAUGAUUGAGGCGUGGAAAGACGGUCGUUUCCCGUUUACCGAGUUACUAAAGACAUAUCCGGCGCAGGAUGUGGCAUUGGCGGUGAAGGAGAUGCAUGCCGGAGAGGCGAUCAAGGUGGUUUUGCUUUGGGAAUGA